AUGGCAUCUACCAGCCCGGAGGCGGAAGCGCCUCAGCGGCACCACGUUGGCGAGCACUGGAGUGGAGCCAAUCCCGUUCCCACAGUCCAGAAAUUCAUCGAGCACCUCGACGCCGAGAAGAAGGAGCGCGAUCGCAGGAUCGACGAGGAGAACCGGGUCAAGAAGGAAAAGACCCGACAACAACAGAAGGAAGAUAAAGGUGGAGAGCAACAUGAAGGCACACACGGGGAAGUGGUCUCGCACCAGGCUCGCGAGGUCUGCCAGGCCAAGAUACGCAAUGUGACCGAUCCAACCACCGGGAAAGAGAUUGGCGUGGAGGAUCAGGAUAAGACCUCCAUGGAAGCCGUCAAAGACCCCAAGUUGACGGUUCCCAAUGCCAAUCUUGGACGACCGACGAGGGAUGUCCAGACUCGCCAUGACCAAGAACUCCCCGAAUAUAAAGAAAAGCAGGAUAUCACGGCACCCCCGGAUCCCAUCGCCGAGGGAACGACCUCAGAUGUCCCCAUUCGCGGAGAGAAGACGAAUGUGCUCUUCCACCCGACACCGACUGUGACUUAUAAACCCAUGUUCGAUCAAUUGGAAGCCCGGGCUAUGAGACUUUGUAUUGCGAUUCCUUUUGCCAUCAUCUUCCUUGGGCGAGUCUUCGGCGGGUCCCUCCUGGGUCUCAUACCCUUGGCUGGGUGCAUUGCCGUGAGCGUAUGGCUCUGGAUGCAAGAGGUUGUUCGCAGUGGCCGAGACAUGGAAUGGAGCAGCGAGCAGCUGCGCGGCCAAACUGCUACGGCAAAUCUGCUCCCAGAAUCCGUUGAAUGGAUGAACUCUUUCCUGGGCGUGGUCUGGGGUCUUGUCAAUCCCGAGAUGCUGACCCCUGUAGGCGACACAAUUGAGGAUAUCAUGCAGGCCUCCGCACCCAAAGUGGUGGAGAAUGUCCGGAUUGCGGAGAUUGACCAAGGAAACAACCCUUUCCGUAUUCUUAGCAUGCGUGCUCUCCCAGACGCGCAUGUACAAUCCAUGAAAGACAACGCUCACGAGGAAAACAAGAAGAACAAGGAUCCGCAGGAGGCUGCGGCGGCCGAAGAGGGCGGCAGCUACUACAACAUGGAAGCGUCUUUUGCCUAUCACGCAAAGCCAAGCACGCAGUCUGCUUCCUCAAAGGCGCGCAACAUGCACAUGCAGCUGAUAUUCUAUCUCGGCAUCCGAGGUCUCUUCGGCGUACCCUUCCCUGUGUUCGUCGAGCUCACCGAGCUAGUCGGGACCGUCCGUCUCCGCUUCCAGAUGAUGCCCGAGCCGCCGUUCAUGAAAGAAGUGACAUUUAGUCUGGUAGGCAUCCCACACGUCCGGGCAGGUUGUAUGCCAAUGCUGCAGCGCGGAGUCAACGUCCUCAAUCUGCCGCUGAUCUCCAAUUUCGUCAACUAUGCCAUCGGCGCGGCCUGCGCGAUGUUUGCCGCGCCCAAGUCCAUGACGAUGGAUCUUGCCAUGAUGCUCAAGGGCGAUGACAUCCACAAGGAUACCCUGGCCUUGGGCGUGAUGUGGAUUCGCAUCCACCGCGCUGUUGGUUUAAGCAAGCAGGACGCGCGCGGGAGUGAGGGCGGCGGCAGCGACCCGUACAUCAAUCUCUCGUUCUCGAAAUACGGCAAGCCCAUGUACUGCACGCGGGUUAUCACCGACGACCUCAACCCGGUUUGGGAGGAAACUGCGGCGCUGCUUGUGACCCCCGAGCUGAUCAAGGCGAACGAGAACCUCAGCGUCGAGCUCUGGGACUCGGAUCGCAAUACGGCCGAUGAUAUCGUCGGCAAGGUCGAGCUGCCGAUUCGUGAGAUGCUCCAGCACCCGGGUCGCAUGUAUCCUCAGGUGUCCAAGCUGCAGGGUCUCGACGAUGGCAGCGAGAUGCCCGGCCAGCUGCACUGGGAGGUUGGGUAUUUCGGAAAGCCCAAGCUCCGGCCUGAGCUGCGCACCGACGGCAAAAAGAAAGACCUGCCUGAAAAUCUCAAGGGAGACCCGACCUUCGAGGAUGAAAAGGGAGCCAUCAACGAUGAGCAAGAGGAUGCUGUCAUGCAUACACCUCCAGACCCUAUCUGGCCCAGCGGUGUUGUGCACAUUGUCGUGCAUCAGAUUGUGAAUCUACAACUGGCCAAUAUCAAGGGCAGCGAUGGUAACCGCAAGGGCAAGGAGUACGAGCCGGCCAAACCGUUUGGCGAGAACACCGAGGAGCAGGGCGGUGACCUCCCCACCAGCUAUUGCAAGAUCCUGCUGAACGACCAACUGAUCUACCGAACACGAGCCAAGGCCGUAAGCUCGAAGCCGAUUUUUAACGCGGGAACUGAGCGGUUCGUCCGUGACUGGCGCUCGGCCAUCGUGACCGUCACAGUGCGAGACCAGCGAUACCGCGAGCACGAUCCGAUCCUCGGCGUCGUCCCAAUCAAGCUGUCUGACAUCUUCCAGACCAGCUCCCAGGUGACCCGGUGGUACCCGCUGGACGGCGGGAUUGGGUUUGGACGCAUCCGCAUGUCGCUGCUGUUCCGGCACGUCGAGACCAAACUGCCGCCCAACAUGCUGGGCUGGGACGUGGGCACCUUCGAAUUCACGGCAGACAAGCUGGUCGCCAAGGACUACGGCCGGCAAGCCAAGCUCAAGCUGCGCACCGGGGGCAGCACGGGCAAGAUCACGCGGCACGUCUGCCACCUGGACGGGCAUGACGCGGUCUACGACAUGGCGGACGAGUCGUUUCGCGACUCACUCCGCAUGCCGGUCAAGUACCGAUACCGGGCGCCGGUGGUGUUUGAGUUCCAUGUGCCGGGAAAGCGCGGGCCGGUAGCGUACGCGGUGCUGUGGCUGCAGCAUCUCGUCGACAACGAGGACACACCAGUGGACAUCCCGAUCUGGACGACCAAGAACGGAGCGCGACUGACGCAGAACUACAUCACGGAAGAGAACUGGCGCGCCAAACGAGUCCCAGGACUAGAAGACCUGACUGAAGUAGGCCGGCUGCAGUUUCGCGGACGGUUCUCAGCGGGGAUCGACGAGUCGCACGAGCGGUUCGUCGUCGACAACGACUCGCGCGAAACCUUCGAGACCUGGGAAGCAUGUCUAGCUCAGGGCGUGCGCUCACGCUCCGUCAUCAGCGAAAUCCCCGCCGAAGUGCAAUCCAAGCACGAGCAGUCCCUCAUCGACGGCCGCGACGUACUGAAACAAACCGCGCCGGCCGAACGCCGCCGCUGGAUCGACCGCGAGGGCCAGGACUGGAGCGGCGCGUUCGGCCAGGACCCGCGCGCGUACACCGACUCCGUUGGGCGCAAGGUUGCCGAGCCUGGCCGUGACCCGCCCCGGCACGAUCCCGUUGCGCCGCCACCGCUGAAGGACCAGCCGUCGCGGCAGCCCAACUCGCAGGACGGGGACCGCGCGCCCGACGAGGAGGAUGAUGAUCGGUUGUCGAGCGAGUCGGAGGAUCAGGAGCGCGAGUCUUUGUCUGCGGGGCCCUCGACUAUCAGUCCCAGUGCGGAUGCGUCGUCGUCGCAAGCGAGUUCGAGUCAGGUGAAUAAGGCUAACCGUCGCAGUGAGCAGCGGCAGCAGCGCGGCUUGAUGCAGUGGCGGCCUGCGCGGAAUGCUGCUUUCGCGAAGGAUGAGGCGAAGUUUGCUAUGCGCAAGGUCAAGAAGAAGUUGGGGGCUGGAGAUCUCACGGGUCGGGAGCCGGAUGUCGAGACGGAGACAUGA